AUGGUAACCAUGUCGCACAAAGGCCACUCAAUUGUGACUAUUGAGUCUAUAGACUCUGACCUUGAGAUGCUACUACCCAAGCAAGGCUCUAUGACUGAUUACUGCUACAACAUUUGCUCAUUUAUAUGGCCUUACUUUUCCGUGGCCAACUAUAAGCUCCCGUACAGAAUAUUAUCUUCCCUGGCACCACCUGUUGUAUUUCCUGAGUUCCGUCGUGUUCAUUCUGACAUGAAAGGUCCAGUAUGGGUGGUGACCACACUUGCUCUGAUCCUAUUGUAUGGUAUUCAUAGUCCAGCUAGAACACUAGUUGGAGAACUACUAAUUGCCACUAAAUUAACUCUUGGGUACUGGUUAGGGUUUUCCUUGGUUGCUUUCUUUCUUGGUUACUUUUGCCAGACGUGCCUGACCCUGUCCCAGUUAGUGUCAAUCUCUGGCUACAGCUUAACUGGCCAUUGCCUUGUGUUGCUUACAGCAGAGGUUCUGCACCAGGAGAACAGUCACAGCAUGUUUUUCUUUCUGACCACUGUGUUUGGGGGACUUGCCACUGCUAGACUGGUCAUAAUCAUUUUGGCGAGGACCCCAGGACCUGCUCAGAGGCUGCUCAUGUGCUCCACGCUAGCCAGCAUUCAUCUUAUGCACUUAAUUUACAUACAUUUUGCUUGUAUGAGGAAACAAUUUGACCUAUAAAUUAAAUGUAAAGUAUCAAGUAUCCUGCUGCAGGAAAAGUUUGUACAUAUUGUAGAAUACAGACAAUUUUCCACAGAUGUAUUGUCGGUUACAGUAGAUGUUAGGUGAAUGGAUAAACAAACGCUAAUUUAUUAAUGGAUAGUUUUGGUCACUGCAUAUCACAGCUACUGUUAAUGAUGGCGAGGCAGUAAAGUGAAUGUGGCCACUACUUGAUGUAAGAAAGUGAGAGGCAAUUUGUGAAUAUUUUAACACCAUUAAAGGUUGAAACACAAGAGAUUGCUCCCAGAAGUUCCUUGUUGCUGUUACUGCAAAUGUAAAAAGUUAUUUCACUGAAUAAAGCAAGAAAGUUA